AUUAUUCAUCUUCUCCAUAAAAACUCACACUUCAAAAAUCUUCAACAUUUCUUUGAGCAGCACAAUUCCAUUUGAAAGAAUCACUAGCUAGCCAAAAAUGGCAGAAACACUCAAAACCAUCUUCUGCCUUCUCCUGUUAGCCAUCACUCUCUCUUGUGUCAGUUCAGCAAGAGUCCUCGAUGAUGUGGAUCCACAAGAUCCUAUCAUUGUCGCUCCACCUGUUACAUCUACAUUGCCAAGUGGUCAAUUUCCUGCCGCUACUGCUGUCGCUCCGCCGCCCAUAAUGGAUGAUGAGGUUGAUCCACCACUCCCAGAAGCUGAAGUCCCCACAACCGUUGGAGGACCAGAUGAUGAUGUGGAAGCACCUGAAGUUGCUCCUCCUGUUACAGUGGCAGCACCAAUUCCCGUUCCCACCACCACCACAACACCGGCUCCCACCGUCACUUCUACUGCCACAGUGCCAAAUCCUGCUGGCGCACAAACCACCACCACCACCACCGCGGCUGCAUCCGCAUCUGCUUCGUUGUCGUUCUUCAUGCAUGACAUAUUGGGAGGAACUCACCCAUCAGUCAGGGUGGUCACCGGAAUUAUUGCCCGGACUGACAUUAAUGGCAUUCCAUUCUCAUCUCCCAACAACAACUUCUUCCCACUCCAAGGUGGGACUCCAUUACCCAACGUUAACAACAUCAACAAUUUCAUAAAUCCAAACACUGUCCCAUUGAUCACAGGCCUAAACCCUGGAACCCAAGCAAAUACAGUACUCCAAAACAGUGGCAACAACAACAACGUUGUCAACGGCAACAACCAACCUUUUGUCACCGCCGGCCAAAUCCCAGCAGGAUCCACACUACAAAAAAUCAUGUUCGGGUCGAUCACGGUCAUCGACGACGAGUUAACAGAAGGGCAUGAAUUGGGAUCCGCUGUACUGGGCAAGGCUCAAGGUUUCUACAUGGCGAGUUCACUAGAUGGUACGAGCCACACCAUGGCAUUGAAUGUUUUAUUACACGGAGAAGAUAACCAUGCUGAAGAUACUAUCAGUUUCUUUGGAGUACACAGGACUGCGUCGCCAGAAUCACAGAUUGCGGUGAUAGGAGGUACGGGAAAGUAUGAGAAUGCAAAAGGGUAUGCCACCGUUGAGACUCUUCCUCAGGUGGAUCAACACACGACGGACGGCGUGGACACAGUGAUGCAUUUCACUGUUUACCUGUCUGAGUAAAUCGUUUGCAUGUUUGUGUCUGAGUGUGGUUCUCUGAUUGAAGUUGAUUAAUUAUGGUUAUCGUGGGUGCCCUGUGUCUGUUUCAUUUGGAAAUUUCAGUGAUCAUUUGAUGUAUCUUUGAACAGCAAACAAGAAAUGAUAAAUUCCAUGGAACGUUUCAUUUGGCAAAGAAAGUGCUUUUAAGA